AUGUGCUCGGGAAGCAACAAGACAAAGAAGAAGUCAUCAAGAUUACCACCUGACAAACCAAAGCGCCAGACUGAAGAUGACUUUCAGAGGGAGCUAUUUUCGAUGGAUGUUGACUCACAAAACCCUAUCUUUGAUGUCAACAUGACAGCUGACACGCUGGAUACCCCACACAUCACUCCAGCUCCAAGCGAGUGUAGUACUCCCCCACCAACUUACCCACAACCAGUACCUCACCCCCAACCCAGUGUUCAAAGUAUGGUCCGACUAUCCAGUUCAGACAGCAUUGGCCCAUAUGUAACUGAAAUCCUUUCAGACAUUGCAGAAGAACCUUCUAAUCUUCCCAGCACUACUGACGAUUGUCCACCCAUUGGCACCCCUGUUCAAGAUUCUUCAAGCUCUGGGCAUUCUCAGAGUGCCCUCUUUGACCCUGAUGUCUUUCAAGCCAAUAAUAAUGAAAAUCCAUACACUGAUCCAGCUGACCUUAUUGCAGAUGCUGCUGGCAGUCCCAGUAGUGACUCACCUACCAAUCAUUUUUUUCCUGAUGGCGUAGAUUUCAAUCCUGAUUUGUUGAACAGCCAGAGCCAGAGUCUUUUUGAAGAAGAGUAUUUUGUUGAAAGCAGCCAAAGUGGAGAUAGUGAUGAUUUCAAAGGAUUUCCAUCUCAGGCACUAAAUACAUUGGGGGUGCCAAUGCUUGGAGGUGAUAAUGGGGAGACUAAGUUUAAGGCAAUAGCCAAGCUGAUAUGGUUGAUUUCAGUAUUAUAG